GACGUCAAAUCCUUUUUGGAAUAAUGGAUUUAGAAAUCUAACUUUUUAAAAAACAGAACAAAUUAUACUUUUUCCUGUGUGAUAGGUGACAACGUGUAUGCCAUUGCUUAGGACUGCACUUGACCUUUCUACCCAGCAACUAAAAUACUCUCGUUUAUAGCACAUUUGUCAGGUAGGCCUUUUAAAUGUUCAGCCUGGUCUGUACAGGACUGAAUGUAAUGGGAAGGAGCAGAGCCCAUCUGUUGGGCAAGGAGCUGGAAUUGGUUCUGUUCCUAAGGGAUAGCAAAGGACAAUUCACUUCUUUGUACAAUUGUAUUUCUCUGCAGGGACGUUUCCUUGACAUUUUUAUCCCUUGCCUAAUGACUUGAAAAGUUCCCAAGCCACAAUCAAGACUUUGGGCACAUUAGCUUUUUCAAGCACACAAGUUGCCUUCUGUUAACAGUCCAAGUAGGGGAGUUUUGAGCAAGAGCUUCAUUAUCAGAUAGCAUGGUGGUGGAGGAAGAGCUGUGGACUAUUGCUCAGGAGACCUGUUUCUUACUCAUAGGGUCGGGCAGAUGUCUAGUUCUUUCUGGGCCUCUCAUCAGUUGUAAAAAGGGAGGUUUGGAACUGACAGCUGAGGGAGGUCCUUUUCAACUCCAUAAUUCCAUUUAUACAUCCAGUUUAUGUUUUCCUGUGUCUAUAAGAACAGAGGUGUUUAUAUGCACUUAUUAGAAUAUAUUCAUAUACGCGCUUUCCACUGGCAUUUAGUGGGUCCUAAUAUAUGCCUGGCUUGAUGCCCAGUCUCAGGGCUGUGCAGAUGAAGUGAGGACUCAGGGAGCCGACAUUCUGGCCAGGGCUAGUGGAGUAGUAGCAGUAAUGGGGUCACAUCCUUCUGGAAAGUCACUGAACUGAGAAUCAAGAAGCUCACAUUCCAUACCCUCUAGGACAGUGGAGCCCCAUCACAGGGCUUUAACCUUGUGAUCCAGCCUUUUGUUUUAUAGGGCAAAAGCAUUAAGUGCACAAGGCUGGAAAGAAUUUGUUCUUUUGAUGGUAUCAGCAAGCACGCGAAGGCCCCAUUGAGUGUCAGGCGCUGGGAAUAUGAUGGUGAACAGAAAUCCUCAAGUGUUAACCUUCCUGGAGGUCCUAGACUGGUGUUUAACUCCACUCCCAGGCAACACUUGGGGACAAGGGGCAUGAAGGGUUUCAGUUUCAUUUUACCGGCUCAGACAAAAAAUUUGCAUUUGAGAAGUGGUUAAAAUAGGAGUCCAUGGUACAGAGUUUUGCACAGGUUUUCCUUAGCUUUCCUGACUAUAAACACAUUUUACAUUUUCUGGAAGAAUCUGGUGUAGGGAAGUCAAGCCCCGAUUGCUGAGAGCACCAAAUUCCUCUAGCCCUGUCUAAUCCUGCCUUGUGAUGAGCUGAAAUGCUGGCACUUGACCAGAUGAGUCUGUUUUGAGAUAAACUAGGCCAGGGUGGCCCUGUGAAGGUCUUUCAUCUGGUGGCUGACUGGAGCUGCCUGGGUGGUGAGGGGUGUUUUCCAAGUUACCCUCCUUUCUGAUGAAGUAAAAUGAGAUCCGAACGGCCCUCAAAAGGCCAAGGUCUCAGGACUGCAUCCCUUAGAUAUAUGUGCCACUGCCCUAAAUAAUGGAACUGAGUUCAGGACACACAUGGUGUCUCAAAUCUGGCCGUCCUUAGUGGCUGAGUGAAUGAGAGGCCUUCCUAGGUUAAGGGGCGUCUGGAAUCUAGGUGAGCCAUAGGAGGCCUCCCCUCCCCAAACUGCUGUGUUCCCAUAGCAGUGCCUUGACACAGCCCCAUAGCCCCUUUAGGAGCGUUUACUGAUAGUAACAAUUUGUGAUGCCUUGGGGGUAUGGCCAGGCUUCCCAAGACCCCGCCAGGAUGGGCUCCCCUUGAGAGUUGGGGGGGUGGAUUCGCGUGUGGGCCGGUCCCGCAAAGCGCCGUGCCCCUCUGGACCGCGCCAGUUCUUUCGCAGAACCCUCGGGGCGCGCAGGGGCUCGCACAACCGGGCAGCGAACGGGGCCGUCCCUCCCGUUCCAAACGUCCGCUGGCCGCUACACCGUGGGAGGGGAGGGCGGCCCAGGGCUGUAGCUCGGAGGCCGGACGACUGGACGGCGGAGGGUAGGCGGGUGUCCGGACCCCGCCGGCAAAGCGGCCGCGGGUCCCCAGAGGCAGAGAGUGGGAAGCCCGGCGGCCGGGCGCCUCCACUCCGUCCUCCGGGCGGGCUGCAGACAGUGACUGGUGCCCCGGAGAGCGCCCAGAGGCGUGGCGGGCAGUGAGGGGGACAUGGGCGCCCGGCCGGCUGAGGGCGCGGACCGCUGCUGAGAGGGCGCACGAUGCCGCCCGCGAUGGCGGCCACCACCACGGUCUCCCUCCGGGAGCUGGCCGACCUGGCCAUCGGCACCCCGGAGGUGGGCGCCGUCAACUUCACGGCCCUGCACACGCUCGUCGUGGCCAUGCUCCGGAACCUCAACCUGCAGGAGGUGCGCAUCAACUUCCAGUCGCCGUCGCCGGAGCCCAGCCGCACCCUGGAGCCCCCGCAGGCCAUGCUCAGCGCCCCGCAGCUGGCCGUGUCCAAAGAGAAGCCGCGCGCCAGCCUGACCAAGCCGCCGACGGAGGCGGCGGCGCUGGAGAGCCAGGUGAAGGGCCUGGGCGGCCAGGUCCAGGACCUCAGCCGGCAGCUCAAGACCGUCACGAGCCAGGUGCAGGGCAUCGUGAGCCACGUGCAGCACCUUACGGCUCCCAUCAGCGAGCUGGACGCCCGGCACUGGCUGGAGGAGGAGCCGGCCGAGCUGACGCCGGCAGGGGCACGAGCAAGCUCGUUGAAAAUCGCGAAGGGCGAGCGGGCCUCCGUCGCCCAGGUCUCCCAGGUCUCCCAGGCCAUGGAGCUGCUGCGCGAGGUAGUGGAGGACGUGAAAACCCUCAAAGAAGCCCAGGAAAAGGCGCAGGAGCUCCCCGAGUCGAGCCUUGCGAAAGUCCUCCAACGGAUUGAUGUACUAGAGAAGAUAGUCAGAGAUCGGGAUGAAUUCCUGAAUCUAGUGAGCCGGAAGAUGAGUUUGAUGCCUGUUGGAGAAGAAGUCACCAUGGUCACCUGGGAGGAGCUGGAGCAAGCGAUUACUGAUGGCUGGAGGGCCUCACAAGGGGGCUCAGAGACAACAACAGGACUCCCUAAACGCAAAGGGCACCCUUCCUUAACAUCAGAUGAUACGCUUCAAGGUGGAGUCCCCAUCAGGCGCCCAAGUGCUGACCCGGCUCUGGAUUCUCCCGGUGGUCAUGGCUCAGAUCAGACCUUAUCAGGAAUCAGCGGCAUAGGAAACCCCUCUGAAGGGGUUACCAGGGAACGAAGCAGAGGGGUCUCUGCUACUGCCUUCCCUGGUAGAGAACAGCACCCAAGAGCCCGUGAUGAAGCUGGCCUGGCGAAGUCCCAUCACCCAUCUAUGUCCCGAUUCAGAGUAGAGUCAGAUCGUCGCAGGACGAGAGAGCUACCACCGCACAGCUUAGCCCAUCUAAGAAAAGAUGAACAAGAGGCACACCCUGGUCCAGGUCAACAGGACUUACCCUCAGCCACUGUGGCCAGAGAUCAGCAUCAUCAGGUGUACCCAGAUCAGCACGGGGGGGUGGAUGCAAGCCAGAGUCAAAUCUAUCCCAGGCCAGAUCAGCAUGGAUUAGGACCACUUGGCACAGAUCUGCUUGCAUUGCAUCCUCCUAGCACUUACCCACAUGGUGUGGUACCCCUCAGCACAGGUCAGCUUGCUAUGAUGCCGCCUGGAAUGGAUGAGCAGGGCUUGUUGCUACCUGGCAUGGAUCGGUAUGGUAUGGUGCCACCAUCAGUACCUGGCACAGAUCAGCGAGGAUUGCAACUACCUAGUACAGUGCAGCCUGGUAUGGUUCCACUUAGCACAAAUCGGUAUGGCACAGUACUUCCCGGCAUAGACCAACAGCUGGGUGUGGAUCAGCAUGGAUUGCUACCCUUCGGUAUAGAUCAGCAUGGAUUUUUCAUAUCUGGCAUGGAUCAACAAGGAUUGGUACUGCCUGGCAUGAAUCAACAUGGAUUGGUUCCACAUCUUACAGAUCAACAUGGUUUGGUAUCACCUGGUUUGAUGCAAGUUGCUGCAGAUCAGCAAGGUUUUGUGCAGCCCAGCUUGGAAACAUCUGGGUUCGUUCAACCGGGUACAGAGCAGCAUGAUGUAAUCCAGCCUGGGCGUUUUUUGGUGCAACCUGGGAUGGGUCAGCGUGGUUUGGUGCAACCUGGUGCAGGUCAGCCUGGCGCAGGUCAGCCUGGAAUGGAUCAACGUGGUUUGGGGCAGCCUGGAAUGGAUCAACGUGGUUUGGGGCAGCCUGGAAUGGAUCAGCGUGGUUUGGGGCAGCCUGGAAUGGAUCAGCGUGGUUUGGGGCAGCCUGGAAUGGAUCAGCGUGGUUUGGGGCAGCCUGGAAUGGAUCAGCGUGGUUUGGGGCAGCCUGGAAUGGAUCAGCGUGGUUUGGGGCAGCCUGGAAUGGAUCAGCGUGGUUUGGGGCAGCCUGGAAUGGAUCAGCGUGGUUUGGGGCAGCCUGGAAUGGAUCAGCGUGGUUUGGGGCAGCCUGGAAUGGAUCAGCGUGGUUUGGGGCAGCCUGGAAUGGAUCAGCGUGGUUUGGGGCAGCCUGGAAUGGAUCAGCGUGGUUUGGGGCAGCCUGGAAUGGAUCAGCGUGGUUUGGGGCAGCCUGGAAUGGAUCAGCGUGGUUUGGGGCAGCCUGGAAUGGAUCAGCGUGGUUUGGGGCAGCCUGGAAUGGAUCAGCGUGGUUUGGGGCAGCCUGGAAUGGAUCAGCGUGGUUUGGGGCAGCCUGGAAUGGAUCAGCGUGGUUUGGGGCAGCCUGGAAUGGAUCAGCGUGGUUUGGGGCAGCCUGGAAUGGAUCAGCGUGGUUUGGGGCAGCCUGGAAUGGAUCAGCGUGGUUUGGGGCAGCCUGGAAUGGAUCAGCGUGGUUUGGGGCAGCCUGGAAUGGAUCAGCGUGGUUUGGGGCAGCCUGGAAUGGAUCAGCGUGGUUUGGGGCAGCCUGGAAUGGAUCAGCGUGGUUUGGGGCAGCCUGGAAUGGAUCAGCGUGGUUUGGGGCAGCCUGGAAUGGAUCAGCGUGGUUUGGGGCAGCCUGGAAUGGAUCAACGUGGUUUGGGGCAGCCUGGAAUGGAUCAACAUGGUUUGGGGCAGCCUGGAAUGGAUCAGCGUGGUUUGGGGCAGCCUGGAAUGGAUCAGCGUGGUUUGGGGCAGCCUGGAAUGGAUCAGCGUGGUUUGGUGCAACCUGGGGUGGGUCAGCCUGUUUUGGUGCAACCUGGUGCAGGUCAGCCUGGCUUGUUGCAGCCUGGAAUGGAUCAGCGUGGUUUGGUCCAGCGUGGUGCAGAUCCACGUGGCUUUUUUCAACCUGGUGCCUAUCCACCUGGUUUGGUACAGCCUGGUGCAUAUCCACCUGGUUUGGUCCAAUCUAGUGCCUAUCCACGUGGUUUGCGUGGUUUGGUUCAACCUGGAAUAGAUCAGCAUGGCUUGAGGCAACCUGGUACAGAACAACGAGGCUUGAUACCACCAGGCACAGAGCUUCGUGGCUUUCCAACUUUCCACCCAGAGUUUCCAAGAUUUUUAUCGCAUCCGGAUCAGCAUGGUGUAAUACAUCCUGGCAGAUAUCAACAUGGUCAGGUGUCCCCACUCCUAAUCAAUGAAGGUUUGGCAGCACCAGGUAUUGGCCAGGAGGGUUUAUCAGAAGCUUACCAGCAAGGUUUGUCACCUCAUGGCACAGACCAGCGUGGCCUAACACCAUUAAGCACCCGUGUGGGAUCUGCACAGCAAGACCAACAGCAUUUGAUAUCACCUGGCCCCGAUCAGCACGGCCAGGUACAAGCAGGUACAGACCAGCAUGACCGUGCAUCCUCGAUCCCAGAAUCCCGUGACCUAUUGUAUCCAGGCCCUCAUGGCCCGGGCGUCCUGGGGGUAGAUCCGUAUGUCCAGACAGGUUUGGAUCCAAAACAAAUAUAUGCCUCAGGCCAACCUGGAAUUUCUGUCCGGACUGCUCCAAGCCAAGCAGCCACCUUUGCCAGGAGCACAGACUCUCUUAACUAUCUCUACCGAGUCUCAUCAGAAAAGAGUGAUUUCCAGAGCGAAAGACAUGAUUCCCUGGAUAAACUGGCCCCGAGCUUCCCCAUGGCAGUGGAAACAUUUCGUCUGAUGGGAGAGCUCAUUGGCCUCUAUGUGGAGCUCAAGGAGAACAUGAAAGAGCUGGAUGAGGUGCAGGCUGGCCAGAGCGACUUGGAGAAGAUCCAGCACCUGCUUGGGCUCAUGGUCAAAAAGAGCGUACCCGCUGACCUGGAGGAGCAGCUGAAGACCUUAAAGUCCUUGACCAAAGAAGUUCGGCAGGAAAAAGCAAAACUGGACAGGAUGCAGAGGGUCCUGGAAGGCAACGGGGAGCAAGGACUAGGAGAAGACAUGAAGAAUGGCCAGCUGGGCUUGCAGCUGGGAAUCCUCAGAGUUACCGUGGCUGACAUUGAGAAGGAACUGGCCGAGCUGAGGGAGAGCCAAGAGCGGGGCAAGGUCAGCAUGGAACAUUCCGUCUCCGAAGCCUCCCUCUACCUGCAGGACCAGCUUGACAAGCUCAGGACGAUCAUCGAGAGCAUGCUGGCCUCGUCUUCCACGCUGCUGUCCAUGAGCAUGGCUCCUCACAAGACCCUGGCAACCUUGGAACCUGGCCAGAUUGACCCUGAGGCCACGUGCCCCGCCUGCAGCCUGGACCUGAGCCAUCAGGUCAGCACGCUGGUGCAGCGCUACGAGCAGCUGCAGGACAUGGUCAACAAUCUGGCUGCCUCCCGGCCCUCCAAGAAAGCCAAGCUCCAGAGCCAGGUGACUCCCACUGGCCCCUCUCCUGGUGUGGCCACCCAUGCCCCACCGCGGGGAGCCACAGCCCAGAGGCCCACAGAGCGGGGGGCAGCUGGAAACCCCGCUGGCUUUGGGUUAGGACAGGUGGUGCUGGAUGGGCCCCCCAAAGCUGCCUGGCGGGCAGAGGGGCCAAGGCCUUCUGUGUUCGCCCUCUCUCCCGUUCCCAACCCUCGGGGCAGGGCACUCACCCUCUGCGUGUAUCCCACUCCUCACAGGCAGCUCUUGGCACAUUUCCACUGCCUCUCUUGUGACCGUCCCUUGGAGACGACUGUGACUGGACAGUUUAUCCCUGUGACUCCUGUGGGCCCAGCCCUGCCUGGGCACCGUUCCAUCCGCCCCUACACUGUCUUUGAGCUGGAGCAGGUCCGGCAGCAGAGCCGCAACCUCAAGCUGGGCAGUAGUGCCUUCGCUCGGAGCGACUUGGCACACAUGGAGCGGAGCGUGGGGCGUCUGCGCACCAUGCACUCCAAGAUGCUGAUGGACAUUGAGAAGGUGCAGAUCCACUUCGGAGGCUCGAUCAAGGCCAGCAGCCAGAUGAUCCGGGAGCUGCUGCAGGCACAGUGCCUGAGCUCCCCCUGCUACAAACGGAUGCCGGAGACGGCCGACUACACAUACUCGAGCGUGCCCCGGCGCUGUGGGGGCAGCCAUACGCUCACCUACCCCUACCGCCGCAGCCGUCUGCAGCACCUGUCCCAGGGCCUGUACCCCACCGAGGAGGUCCAGAUCGCCAUGAAGCAUCAUGAGGUAGAUAUCUUGGGCCUGGAUGGACAUAUCUACAAGGGACGGAUGGAUACAAGGCUGCCGGGCAUCCUGACCAAAGACACCUCCGUCUCCGGGAUGUCCAAGCACAAGGCCAAGCAGUCCCGGCCCCACGUGCACAGGCAGCAGUCCCUCAGCAACAACGGCCAGCUGCCCUCGCGGCCUCAGAGUGCUCAGAUGCUGGCUGGCAACAGUCCAGCUCCUCCUCGUCCGCGGAAAGACAGACCCAUGUCCUCCGAGGGGCACCUCGCGCAGCCGAAUGCGGCCCACCCGCCCAGCCCCAGCGAGAUGGAGAUGCAUAUGGACGUGCCUCCUGGGGAGGGGCUCGAGGAGCCCACCCGGGGCCCCCGGUCCGCCACUGCUCAGUGAGCAACGUUAUUAAUAAACGUUUAGGAAGAAGCUUGGGGCAGCGAGGCUUCUGUGGUCCUGGCUCGGGAAGAUGGAGUGGAAGGGGAAGGCCCCUGUGGGCCCACACCGCCAGCCCAGCCCCAGGGCCAGGAGGCCGGCCUGCAGUUGGAGAACAGGUCGGACUUGUAGCCUGAGAACGAGAU